AUGGCGGACGUAAUGAAUGUUGGUGUGAAUUUGGAAGCGUUUUCUCAAGCAAUCAAUGCGAUUCAAGCACUUCGAUCAAGUGUUACAAGAGUUUUUGAUUCGCUCAAAGAUGGCAUGAAGAAUAAGGAAACUCUUGAAGGGCGGGAAAAGGCUUUUAUCACCGAAUUUCAAGACAACCUCCAGGCAGUGAAUCGCGACUUGAAUGAACUGGAGCGUCUGAGCACGUUGGUUGGCAGGCCGUCAGAAAGCCACCCUCUACACAACAGUGGCCUGCUGAGCCUGGAUCCGGUUCAAGACAAAACCCCUCUGUACAGCCAGCUUCUCCAGGCUUACAAAUGGUCUAACAAGUUACAAUAUCACGCAGGCCUGGCAUCAAGUCUUCUCAACCAACAGUCCCUCAAACGUUCAGCCAAUCAGAUGGGAGCUUCUGCCAAGAGAAGACCCAAAGUCCAGCCAAGCACCUUGGCGUUGCCUCCACAGUAUGUGGACGACGUGAUAUCGAGAGUUGGACGGAUGUUUCCAGAUGUGUCUAUUGAGCUUUUCCGGCCCAACGGAACGUCGGCUGUCCUCCUGGUUACCCUGGGGAAGGUGCUAAAAGCCACUGUGGUGAUGAGAAGCCUCUUUAUUGACCGCACCAUCGUAAGGGGCUACAGUGAGAAUGUCUACACCGAGGAUGGAAAGCUGGACAUCUGGUCCAAGUCCAACUAUCAGGUGUUUCAGAAGGUUACUGAUCAUGCGACCACUGCCCUGCUGCACUACCAGCUCCCUCAGAUGCCUGACGUGGUGGUGCGUUCUUUCAUGACUUGGCUGAGGAGCUACGUCAAGCUGUUCCAGACACCGUGUCAGAGGUGUGGAAAGUUUCUCCAAGAGGGCCUUCCCCCAACAUGGAGGGACUUUCGGACCCUGGAGGCCUUUCAUGACACUUGCAGACAGUGAGGAGAGCAGUGAGUGUAUCAGAUUGAAAGGCGGACCGAGACACACUGACACUGCCUCCACCCAAUGCCCCCACCCAGUGCUUCCACAGGCUGAGAUGGACUCCACUGUGCUCCUUUAAACAUUCUUUUCAAGUCCAGGAUGCAUUAAUGACAACCCAUAGGCUGGUUAGCUGUGAACAGCUGGUUAGCCAGGACUGUCAUUGAAACCUGUUGUCAGCAUACGUGCUGUUCUCAGCAAACAAAGAUCCCCAAAUACAAUGUGCUCUCAAAGCAAGCACACAUUCACAUCCAUUUUUAUUUUUUUCUGGACUCCUGCGCAUUCACAUAGCUUGUAUUUCGUUCCUUUCUUUAUUAUUAUUUUUUUUAA